CCUAGAUAUAAGCUAUACUUUGAUUGUUUGCAUUUGUAAUAUUGUAUAUUAUGGAUGUUGACGACGUAUUUGAAAGCAUAGGUGGUGUAAGCAAAUACCAGAUUGCUGUAAUUCUUGCUUCUGCAUUUUCUCUUCUGGCAGCAACAAUGUCUUCGCAACUGGCAGUAUUUUUGAGCGCUACUCCUACAUACAGAUGUGCUCUACCUACAUUGCACAUAAACGCGUCAAUGUUAACUCAUAGCGAACUCGUCAACCUUUUUAUACCGCCGGAAGAUUCCUGCCAACGGUAUGAUUAUAAUUUGACUCAGUGUGAAGAAGAAAACAAUCUUUCUUGCAUAACUAAUCAAACAGAAGUUCGAAUUAUCCCGUGUGAUUAUGGAUAUCAUUACGAUAAGACAUAUUACGACCAAACAACUAUAUCAGAAUGGGAUUUUAUAUGCGGGAGAGAAACGUUUGAUUCGAUAGCCAACUCUUGCAUAUUUCUUGGAUUUUUUAUGGGAUCAGCUGCGUGUGGAAUUUUAAUGGACAAAUUUGGGAGAAACACUGCGAGGUUGAUCUGUUGCAUUGUCUUUAUCGUAUCUGGAUGUAUUGCAUCGUUCGUUCCGUUGUUUGGUGUUUAUCUCGUGUUUCGAGUUAUUAUGGCAGGAUCAGGACUUGCAGUUUAUUUAUGCGUGUUUACUUAUGUGACAGAAAUUUCUCCUAAGGAAUACCGAACUUUCUUUGUGACUGUAUGUGCAGUUAUAUCGGGAGUUUCCCACACUAUCCUUCCUCUUUUGGCAUACCCAUUUCGUUCGUGGAGGUCAUUGUGCCUGGUGAACAGUUUGCUCGCGACUCCAUUCCUUGGCAUAUAUUUUCUGAUUCCCGAGUCUCCAAGGUGGCUUAUAUGUAAUGGCAGAGAAGAUGACGCCAGAGAAGUACUCAAAAGAAUUGCUAAAAGCAAAAACGUCGAACUUAAUGAAGAAGUAUUUCAUAAAAUACAAUCAAACAAAGACUCGGAAGAAUGUGAAAGCAAGAAAAAAUAUUUCUACACUGAUAUUUUUCGAAUGGCGAACAUGAGGAUGAUAACAAUAAUUAUUAUGCUAGACUGGUUUGUAGUCAGCAUGGUUUUCUAUGGGCUCACGUUAAACGUUGGUCGACUUGCAGGUGAUCCGUACAUAAAUGCGACAGCAAAUGCAUUCAUAGAAGUUCUUGGGUAUAGUACUUAUUUUAUCGUAGCAAGAAAAAUUGGAUCGAAAACGACUACGGCCUUAGCAUAUUUUCUUGGUGCAAUUUGUUGCAUCUCCACCAUGUUGCUUACAGAAUUUUCUUGCGGAAAUCAGGAUAUGAUUGAAGCUGGUCGUUGGAUCGCAAUAUCUGGAAAGUUUUUUGCUUCUUGGGCAUUCCAAGGAAUAUACCAAUUGACGGUAACUUUACAUCCUACUGUUACAAGAGGAAAAGGAAUGGCCCUAGGUUCAAUGGCAGCAAGAGUUGGAUCCAUGAUUAUGCCUUUUACACUUCAAAUUCAGAACUCAAUUCCUUGGCUCACGCAGACGAUAUUUGGAACAUUAGCUUUUAUUGCCUGUAGUGCGACAAUGCUUCUCCCAGAAACUCGUUCACUCUCGUUGCUUACAACAGUGGAUGAAGCGGAAAAUUUUUAUCGAAAACAUUUCGUUUUGAAUUUUAAGAAAAAUGGAAAAAUGGACAAUGAACUCGUAGUCGAAAUAGAAAUGGAAAAGCAACAAGCAUAAUAUAAAAGUCAUAACACAGAAUACAUAUUUCCAUCUUUUAUUAAUUAAUAUAAUUAUCAAUUAUGAUUCGCUGAUUUAUUCGUGUAAAAAAUAACAAUAUUCAAUAUUGUUAUUUUUUAAUCAAUAAAAAAAAUAAACAAUAUUCGCACAUUGCCAAAAUUCAUUUACAACUACCGGUACGUCAUUUUACGUAUAUCACGUAUAUGUUAUUUGAAUUUUUUUUUUUCAUGUCUGCAACAACUUUUUAAUAAAACGAAAUAAACGUUCAAACUUGAAA